UUGAUGCUGCCUUAGUUAACAAUGGCAAAGCCACCAAGUAAAGACCCUGGGCUGAAGGAGAAGUUUAAGAGCCUCCUGGGACUGUCGUCCAGGCCCAAUUCUAAGUCCUCCGAAGGAAAACAUACAGAAUUCAUCAUCACUGUGGAAAUACUCAAGGAACUGAGCAUAGAAUGUGGUUUAAACAAUCGGAUAAAAGCAAUUGGACAAAUCUGUGAGGUGGCAAAAACUAAAAAGUUUGAAGAGCAUGCAGUGGAAGCUGUUUGGAAAGCAGUAGCUGAUAUGCUACAGCCAGAUCGACCGCCUGAGGCCCGGCAUGCUGUCCUCCAUCUGUUGCAGGCAAUUAUUCUGGGACAAGGUGAACGGCUGGGGAUUCUCCGAGCUCAUUUUUUUAGAGUGAUUAAAGAUUAUCCGUCUAAUGAAGACCUACAUGAGCGGCUUGAGGUAUUCAAGGCACUGACUGAUAAUGGAAAACACAUAACGUACUUGGAAGAGGAACUAGCUGAAUUUGUUCUUCAGUGGAUGAAAGUUGGUUUGACUUCAGAGUUUCUGUUGGUGUUGAUCAACUUAGUGAAAUUCAACAGCUGUUACUUGGAUGACUACAUUGCUGGCAUGGUCUACAUGAUUUGCGCCUUAUGCAUUCAGACAUCUUCUGCAGUUGACAUUAAGGUCUCCCUGCAGGUGUUGGAUGCCGUGGUGUGCUACAAUUGCCUGCCUUCUGAAAUCCUCCCAAUGUUCAUCAUCACCUUGUGCUGGACCAUCAACGUGAAGGAGCUCUGUGAGCCCUGCUGGAAGCUCAUGCGGAAUCUAUUGGGAACUCACCUGGGCCAUAGUGCCGUUUAUAACAUGUGUCGGAUCAUGGAGGAUAGGACCUACAUGGCGGAUGCUGUCCUCUUGAGGGGAGCUGUCUUCUUUGUGGGGAUGGCCUUGUGGGGUGCACAUAGGCUGCAGUCUCUCAAAAAUUCACCAACAUCUGUACUGCCCUCUUUCCUGAAGGCCAUGACAGCUCCCAAUGCCAUCGUGUCUUACGAAAUCGUCCUCUCCAUAACAAGGCUGAUCAAAAAAUAUGGGAAGGACCUUCAGGCAGUCACCUGGGACGUCCUUUUGGAUAUCAUGCAGCGGCUGGUUGAACAGCUGCAGACUUUGGAAAGCCAGGAGCUGAAAUCCAUUGUCCACGAUUUGCUGACUACAGUUGAGGAGUUGUGUGACCAGAACGACUUCCACGGCUCCAAAGAGAGAUACUUCGGACUUGUGGAGCGAUGUGCUGACCAGAGGCCUGUAAGGCUUUGGUGGGAAACGUUCGCCUCAGGCGGUGGCUUCUUGUCAUUUUGUUCAGCCCCAAAGGGCUCUUUCACAUCCCAGAGUCACGGGAUCGCUUUUUGUGACCUCCUGACAACAUUGAGAAAUGAGAGCCGGAGUGCUGUUCGCAUAAAGGUUUUGCACGUCCUGUCUUUUGUGCUGAGUGUCAACAGGCAGCUUUACGAGGAGGAAUUGAUUAAUCUGGUCAUCUCCCAGCUAUCUCAUAUCCCAGAAGAUAAAGACCACCAAGUUCGCAAACUGGCCACCCAGUUGCUGGUGGACUUGGCUGAGGGUUGCAAUACCCAUCACUUCAGCAGCUUGCUGGAUAUCAUAGAGAAGGUUGCUUCCCAUUCUUUGCUGCCUCCUGCUGACCUGGAGGAAGGAGACCUGCUCUCUUACUCGGCCUCCUUAGAAGACGUGAAGACGGCAGUCCUUGGUUUACUUGUCAUUUUCCAGACCAAGUUGUACAGUUUGCCUGCCAGCCAUGCCAUGCGGGUCUACGAGAUGCUUGUCCAUCACCUUCAGCUCCACUAUAAGCACAAGUACAGCCUUCCCAUUGCCAGCAGUAUCCGCCUGCAGGUAUUUGACUUCUUGCUCUCACUUCGUGCUGACGCUCUUCUCCACCGCCUGGGCCUCCCCACCAAAGACGGCCUCGUGAGAUUCAGCCCCUACUGCCUCUGCGAUUCGGUGGAGCCUGAGAAAAAGCUUGCCAGCACUCUGUCCCCCCCCUCGGGAAGUCCAAGCAGCCCCCCGCAGAACACCCCCAUCCGCACAGGCUACCUGUCUUACUCUCUCCUCUUUGGAGUUCUUCUGCAGUGCUUGAAGCAAGAGACAGACUGGAAGGUGCUGAAACAGGUCCUGAACAAGCUGCCCAAAUCUCUGCAGUACAAAGUCCUGUACUUAACCUCUCCUUGCAGUAUUGAUCAGCUCUCCUCUGCUCUGUGCUCCAUGCUCACUGAUAAGAAGAUGACGGAGCGGCUGAGGGACGUCUCAGAAGGGCUGUCCCGGAACGACUUGCACCAGGCGGUGGUUCCGGUCUUGACUGCUUUGAUCUCCUAUCACAGUUACUUGGACAAAACGAAGCAGCGAGAGAUGGUUUACUGCCUGGAGCACGGGCUGAUCUUCCGCUGCGCCAGCCAGUGUGUGGUGGCAUUGUCGAUCUGCAGCGUUGAAAUGCCGGAUAUUAUCAUCAAAGCUUUGCCAGUCCUGAUAGUUAAGUUGACGCAUAUUUCAGCGACAGCCAACAUGGCCAUCCCUCUCUUGGAAUUCCUUUCAACGCUGGCCCGCCUGCCUCAUCUCUACAGGAAUUUUGCAGCGGAGCAGUACGCCAGCGUAUUUGCCAUCUCUCUGCCCUAUACAAACCCCUCCAAGUUUAACCAGUAUAUUGUAUGCCUGGCACAUCAUGUCAUAGCCAUGUGGUUUAUCAAAUGCCGCCUCCCCUUUCGGAAAGACUUUGUUCCCUAUAUCACUAAGGGUUUGCGGUCAAACAUCCUCCUCUCCUUCGAUGACACCCCAGAGAAAGACAGUUUCCGGGCUCGUAGUACCAGUCUGAACGAGAGACCCAAGAACUUUAAAGUAGCCAAAAAUGCCAGGCCAAACCUGAACCAGUCUCCUCCUGUGAAAGCCCUGAAGGAUCCCUCGGCCGUUGAUGCCUUCCGCUCCCGCAGCAUCAGUGUGUCUGACCAUGCAGCCCACAGCCGGAUACAAACCUCCAUCACCAGUUCCAGCCUGGGCUCUGCCGAUGAGAACUCCAUGGCUCAGGCCGACGACAGCCUGAAGACCCUCCACUGGGAGCUCACCGAGACCUGUCUCGACAUGAUGGCCCGAUACGUCUUUUCCAACUUCACCGCUGUGCCCAAAAGGUCUCCGGUGGGCGAGUUCCUCUUAGCUGGAGGGAGGACCAAGACAUGGCUGGUGGGUAACAAGCUUGUUACAAUCACUACAAGUGUUGGGACAGGAACCAGGUCCCUCCUGGGCCUUGACCAUGGAGAGUUCCACAAUGGCGCAGAAUCCAGCUCAGAUCACAGCUUGCAAGUGAGGCAGUCAAAGGAGGCCCCGGCGAAACUCGAAUCUCAGGCUGGCCCACAGGUGGUUCGAACCCGCAACCGAGUCAGGUCCAUGUCAGGAGGCCACGCUUUGCGGGUUGGUGCUCUGGACAGCUCUGCCUCUCACUUCUCAGCCAGCCCAGGACCCCAGGCGCCCCCAAGCUCUCCUGCUCCUGCUCCCCAAACCGAGAAGGCCAAUCUGGCUGCUUACGUCCCCCUCCUCACUCAAGGCUGGGCAGAAAUAUCCGUGCGGAGGCCAACAGGUAACACCAGUUGGCUGAUGAGCCUAGAAAAUCCACUGAGCCCCUUCUCUUCGGAUAUCAACAACAUGCCCCUGCAGGAGCUCUCCAAUGCCCUGAUGGCAGCCGAGCGUUUCAAGGAGCAUCGUGAGACAGCCCUGUACAAGUCUCUCUCGGUCCCCUCCUCUAGCUUGUCCACGGGAACAGCCAAGCCGUCUCUCCUGCAGCGCUCCAACACAGUGGCCUCCUUCUCGGCCGUGGGCCUGACCAGCUCCCCAGGAGGCUUGCACAGGAGCAUUUCCUGGGCAGAAUCUGCAGUUGUAUUGGAAGAAGGAAGCCCCCCAGAUGCAGAUCGGAAAGGAGUGGAAUUCCACCCUGAAUCUCAAGAGAUUGAAGACUUUGAACCAAUGUGUUUGGGGCAAGGCCUGGGUGAGGAGAGAUUAGGCCGAGGAGCCUAUUGUCGGUCAUUGUCGACUUCUAGUCAAGAGGAGAAGGCCCCCAAAGCAGAAGAUCUGGCCGCUGUUGGCAUUCCGAUCGAAAGGGCCAGGAACCUGGAGGAUAGCCGGGCCUUCGAAGCCCUCUCGUUCCAGCCUUCCCAGACCCUCAGCAAGUCCAGCUCCUCCCCAGAGCUUCAGACUCUUCAGGAAGUCCUCAAGGAUCCGGGCAGUGAAGAGUUGGCCCAGAAACUCAGCAGCGAAGGCAAAUCCAAGUCUCAGUCUGGGCACCUGGAGGAAGAGGCCGCCGGGGGCUGGCUGGCAAAGGGGGGAGAUGACCAGGGCCCUGGAGAGAUGAGGCUGGCUGUAGGGGGCCCUGCUUCUUCUCCCCACUCCCCAACUGGCCACCGCCCCCGGGGAUACACCAUCUCUGACUCGGCCCCCUCCAGGCGGGGCAAAAGGAUUGAGAGAGACCCCUUUAAGGGAAGAGCCGCAGCUGCCUCCAACGCAGGGAAAGUUCCAGGCAUCAACCCAAGCUUUGUGUUCCUGCAGUUGUAUCAUUCUCCUUUCUUUGGUGAUGAAUCCAACAAGCCUCUUUUACUGCCAAAUGAGACCUUUGAGAACUCCAUUCAGCUUCUAGAUCAGAUCCCUCCAUAUGACACUCACAAGAUUGCCGUCUUGUAUGUCGGAGAAGGACAGAGCAGCAACGAGCUCACCAUUCUGUCCAAUGAGCACGGCUCCUACAGGUACACCGAGUUCCUGACUGGCCUGGGCAAACUCAUUGAGCUCAAGGACUGCCAGCCAGACAAGGUUUACUUGGGCGGUCUGGACGUGUGUGGAGAGGAUGGACAAUUCACCUACUGCUGGCAUGACGACAUCAUGCAAGCUAUUUUCCAUAUUGCCACUUUGAUGCCCACCAAAGAUUUGGAUAAAAAUUGCUGUGACAAGAAACGACAUUUGGGGAAUGACUUUGUUUCCAUAAUUUACAAUGAUUCCGGGGAAGACUUCAAACUGGGGACCAUCAAGGGCCAGUUCAACUUUGUUCAUGUCAUCAUCAAACCGCUGGAUUAUAACUGCAACCUGCUUACUUUACAGUGCCGCAAGGAUAUGGAGGGGCUCAUUGACACAAGUGUGGUGAAGAUUGUCUCGGACAAAAAUCUUUCAUUUGUUGCCCGGCAGAUGGCGCUGCAUGCCAACAUGGCGUCUCUGGUCCACCAUAGCCGCUCCAACCCCACUGACACCUAUCCCUCGAAAUGGAUCGCUCGGCUGCGCCACAUCAAGCGGCUCCGGCACAGGAUCCGAGAAGAAACUCAGUUCCAAGAGGCCGGUUUCCCCACUGUGCAUCCUCCGGUCCCUACGAAAGCCUCUGUCCGUGUCCCCCAGGACCCGGCCCCCACCUACGAAACUGGACAGAGGAAGCGCUUGAUCUCCUCCGUGGACGACUUCACAGAGUUUGUGUAGGGCACAGACGGCCCUGCCUCAACCUCUCUGGCGCAAAGCUGGGCCAGUUUCUUGCUCCCAGCCUCCAGCUGCAGCCAUGUCAGCCUCUUCUUGCAGCUUUGGACUCCCUUGAAAGCUGCUGGUCUAAAGAGACAUACAACUUUUGUGGGUUUUUCUAACCACCAGUUCUGUAAUUAAGCUUUUUAAAGGGAAUGAAGGCACAGCUCAGAUUUAUGACGUUUGUUUGAAAUGGCAGAAGGAAACUCAGCAGCCCGACAUUAAUGACCCCAAGGCCUCCAGUGUUCCUCUAAUGUCCUGGUAGAGUUUCAUAAAAUGUGCCUGCGGUUCACUUCCACCCGUGAGGAUGAUUUGUGACUCCUGUUCAGAGUUCAAUCUUGCAGGAGCUGGGGAACCCUUGGUCUUCAGAGGAAAGCCAGUAUGGCAAAUGUGAGUGGAUUGUUAUUUAAGCCGAGCUUCGGGAGGCAUUUGGGGCUGAUCACCAAACACGUUUGCUUAAAUCGGUCCUAAUUGUUGAGAGCAGAACUUGCAUCAAAUUUAGCAAGAGCUUUCUGAGGGAACCGGCAGCUCCCUUUUUAAUAGGCUACAAGGCCAACAGGAAAUGUAAGCGUUUUCCUGAAGCAAGAAUGUCAUCUGCUAUUCUAAAUCUGUAUCUCUGGAGUUCAGUGGUUGGAUGUUCUGUUUGUGUGGCCAAAGGCCCUUCUCUGGUUCAGACUGUCUGGUGUAUCCAUAUAAAAAUAGGGAAAGGUCUGACACUUUUCCCAAAAGGGAGAUUUGGGGGCAGCAAUAAAACCUCAUUCUGCUGUUUGGC